AUGACUAAAUCUCAUUUAAUAAUCGUUCCAUGUCAUGGUAUUUGGAAAUCAACUCUUUUAGAUUCCAAUGAAGUUAAUUUAGGCCAAUUACCAGAACAUUGGUAUUUAGCUCCAUUUCAAUAUGAAGGAAAUGAUCAUUUGGCAUUUAUAAAGCAUUCACUACGGGCAAUAAUCCAUUUAUUAACUUCAACUAAUAUUGAUAAAAGUCUGUUAUUAUUUUCAGGUUCACAAACUAAAAAAUCUGCAGGUUGUAUAUCAGAAGCUCAAAGUUAUUAUUUAUUAACUUGGAAACUAUUGGAGUUUUUCCAACGGAAUGAAUCAAAUACAUCUGUUUUAAAUAAAAUAUCUUUUGAUGAUGAAAUUUUAUCAUUUCUAAAACAAAUUACAGAUUUGUUAAAAGUAAAAUUUCAAGAACCAAUGAGUUUAGAGGCAUUAUUUACUGAUUAUAUUAACACUGAGGAAUAUUCUUUGGAUUCUUUUGAUAAUUUGAUUUAUUCUAUCUAUAGAUUUGCACAAUUAAACGAUAAAAAUUAUCCUACUGAGAUUACAAUUUCUGGUUUUGGUUUUAAAGAAAAAAGAUUUUUAAAAUAUCAUGCUAUGGCAAUUGAUUACCCAAUUGAGAAUAUUACUUAUUUAUCAUCUGAGCCUAAACCUUUGGAUUACUCUAAACAACAAUUGGAUAAAUAUUUCAAUGAUUUGGAUUUCAUGGAAAAUAAGAAUGCCUUAAACUUAUUUACCAACGAUUGGUAUGGAAGGAAAGAAAUUUUAAUGAAUAAAAAAUCUUCAAGAAAUCCAUUUGUAAGAAUCCCAAAUUAUCAAGGUUAUGAAUUAUUUGAUCUAACAAAUUUGACAGAAGAUGACGAACAAUUUUUCAAGACUUUCAUCAAAGCUAAAAUGCCUUGGUCUCGAACAGAAGAACGUGAUGCAACUUCUAAUGAAUGA